CCGAGCCCCAAUCGCAGGUUCCGAUGAAGCGCCAUGGCCAUGGCGGCGAUCGCGGAGGCGCGAAGAAGGCCAAGUCCGUGCAGUUCCAUGCAAAGCCAUCGGUCAAGUACAUUGAGGAUGAUGAGGAAGAAGAGACCAAGGAGUCUGGCAGCCAUGGCGACGACGACGACGACGACGACCAAGACCACGUUGCGUACGAGAGCGAGGACAGCGACGCCGAGGACGGCAAGAAGGCUCGUCCGCCGCCGAUCCAGCACAAGAUACAGGAAGGCGAGGAAGAGUCGACGACCCGCCAUGACGCGUACGAAGACGACGAUGGCGUUCGCAUGAUGCCCUUCAACCUCAAGGAAGACCGCGAGGACGGCCAUUUCGACGACAGCGGCAACUUUGUGUGGGCCAAAGGCGACAAGGCCGUUCAGGAAGACGCAUGGCUGGACGGCGUCUCGGCGCAGGACAUGGAGAUCGCCGAGAUGGCGCGUCUCCAGCGCCAAGAGGCGGCCGACGACGAAGCCGAGACGUGGACCGAGCGCCGGGCCAAGAGCGUUUUCAUGGAGGUCCUCAACGAAGGAGAGACCGUCCUUGCCGCGCUCCGGCGACUCGGCAAGAAGCCCAAGCCGAAAACCGCCAAGCAAAAGAAGGUCGUUGUGACCGCCCAGACCCCCGACAUGCAGCGCGAGUUCAACCAGCUCACGGACGCGGCCGACUACAUGAUGCGCAUGGGCCACACCGAGAUCUACCACAAGCCCAAGGAAGACAUUGUCGACAAGCCGGCGCCCAAGCCUAUUGUGUACUGGGAGUACCGGGCGCCGGACGGGCAGAUCCAGGGGCCGUACCCUACCGCAACGAUCCUCGCCUGGCGUGCGCAGGGCUACUUCCAGGGCGACUCGGCUGUGCAGAUGCGACAGUGUCCGGCCACGCCGGCAGGUCCGGCGCCGCUCGCUGCCUCGGCGGCCCAAGAUCUCAUGGACGACUUUGACGACGACGACGAGGAAGAGGAAGCCAAGACGUCGGACGAUGGGUGGCAGUCGAGCGAUGCGAUUCUGUUCCGGCAAUUCGUAUAACCAUCAGGACAUGGUUCCAUCUCCA